AUCAGUUUGUGGCGCAGUCUCCCCAAGAACGGAACGGAACGGAGCCGAUUCGCCUUGGUCUUUGGUGGUCUCUCAAGCGUGUUUCCCGGUCGCGUGUUUAGCAAAGCAAACUUAAAACAUUUGCGACACUUUCACUGAGCGAAAGGCAUAAGCCGUUAAAUUUUUAUUUGCUCAUACAAUUUGAGUGAGCUUGAGUGUGUUUGUGUUUCUAAAUUUGUUGUGAUAAUCACCUGAAGCGAAUAGAAACAUCAAGAAAAAUGACAGCUCGAUUUAUGGAUAUAGUUAAAUUGACCUUUAAGGUGCUCAGUUUCAAGUAUGAGCAGCGCAAGUUAACCACAGCUAUUUAUUCGGUGGUCAAGACUAAAUUGGGCACUGUUCGUGGUGUCAAGAGGAAUACCAUUUGGGGUGACAGCUAUUAUAGCUUCGAGAAAAUACCAUUUGCCAAACCUCCGGUGGGUGAGCUGCGUUUCAAGGCACCAGAACCAAUUGAGCCAUGGGAUCGUGAAUUGGAUUGCACUUCACCAGCUGACAAGCCACUUCAGACGCAUAUGCUCUUCCGCAAAUUUGCUGGCUCUGAAGAUUGCCUUUAUCUGAAUGUCUACGCCAAGGAUCUGCAACCACAAAAAUUGCGUCCAGUUAUGGUUUGGAUUUAUGGCGGUGGUUUUCAAGUCGGUGAAGCAUCACGUGAUAUGCACAGUCCCGAUUUCUUUAUGUCCAAAGAUGUAGUCGUGGUCACAGUUGCAUAUCGUUUGGGUGCUUUGGGCUUUUUGAGUCUCGAUGAUUCCGAAGUGAAUGUGCCAGGAAAUGCAGGUUUGAAAGAUCAACUGAUGGGCCUACGUUGGGUGCAACAAAAUAUUGAAGCUUUCGGCGGGGAUCCCCAGAAUGUGACACUCUUUGGCGAGAGUGCAGGAGGAGCUUCAACACAUUUGCUCACUUUAAGCCCCAAGACGGAAGGUUUAAUGCACAAGGCAAUUGUGAUGUCGGGCAGUGCUCUGUGUCCCUGGGCUGUAGCACCGCGUAAUGAUUGGGCAUAUCGUUUGGCCGAAAAGAUGGGUUACACUGGCAGUAACAAGGAUAAGCAUAUAUAUGAAUUCUUGAAACAGGCCAAGGGCGGGGACAUAGUCAAGGCGUCGGCCACAGUUCUUAAUAAGGAUGAAAAACAUCAUCGUGUGCUAUUUGCCUUUGGUCCUGUGAUAGAGCCUUAUGUAACGGACCACACACUGAUUGAUAGACCUCCCUAUGAAUUGAUGCAACAAACUUGGACCAGGAAAAUUCCCGUUAUUUUUGGUGGCACCAGUUUUGAGGGUUUACUUUUUUAUCCAGAGGUCACACGUCGUCCAGCCACCCUGAAUGAGGUGGGCAACUGUCUGAAUGUUUUACCCAGAGAUUUGGGCUCCAAUCUUGAUUCUAAACUGAGGGAGAACUAUGGUCUGCAAUUGAAGCGUGCCUAUUUCGGUGAUGAAGAUUGCAAUCAGGCUAACAUGAUGAAAUUCCUGGACUUGGAAUCCUAUCGUGAAUUCUGGCAUCCCAUCUAUCGUUCGAUUUUGUCCCGACUACGUAUUGAAGGGGCGGCUCCCACUUACCUAUAUCGCUUCGACUUUGAUUCCAAACUAUGCAAUUCCAUUCGUAUUGUCCUCUGUGGCCACGAGAUGCGUGGCGCUUGCCAUGGCGAUGAUUUGUGCUACGUAUGGCACAGCAUGUUGUCCCAUCAAUCUGCUCCCGACUCACCCGAAUACCAAGUCAUCAAAGCCAUGGUAGAUAUAUUUACGAAUUUCGCUGCCCACAGUGAUCCCAAUUGUGAGAGCAUUAAGUCCUUAAAGUUCGCUCCCAUGGAGAGUGAGGACAAUUUGCAUUGUCUCAAUAUCAGCGAUAAGAUUGAGAUUAAACGUUUGCCCGAAUUGGAGAAAUUAUCAGUGUGGAAUGGUUUCUACUCAAAAGGCAAACUGUAAAUAAUUCAUUAGCCUAACUUAUUUUAUAGCUUUAAUGAUCUUCAAGCAUUCUUUGUUUAUGUAAAUAUGUUGUACAUACAUACAUAUAUAGGUUUUGACUUAAUAAUUCACCACCUACAUAGGUUAUUAGCUUGUAUGAUUUUUUAUACUUAUUUUUUACAUAAGAUGGGACUUAAGUUGUUAUUAAAAUAAAAUUUAAAAUGCUUAAAA